AUGGUGUCGUGUCUGUGGCGCUGGUUCACUGCCGGCGUGUUCGUCACUCUGGUGGUGGCGCUGCUCCUGCCACUGCUGCUGCUGCUGCUGCUGCUGCUAUCUGCCCGCCGGCCAAACCACUGGCGGCGGCUGGGGGUGCGCCACCGCCGGGACCACUUCCCGCUGGGUGCGCGCAGCGCAGCGGCGCUGCUGGGCAGCUACCCGGCGGCGCUGCGGCGCGAGUACGCCGAGGUGCGCGCCGCCGGCGGUGUGCAGGCGCACCUGGACGCCGCCGGGCCGGCAGUCACCGUCUCCGACCUCGGCCUGGUGCACCGCGUCAUGACGGCCGACUUUGGCAGCUUCAGCGACCGACGGCCGGCGGCCCCGCGCACCACCACGCUCUCCAACAUGAUGAUGAACCUGCCGGCGGAGGAGUGGCGACCUCUGCGAGACACACUGACACCUGCCUUCUCGGCGGCCAGGAUGCGGCGCGCCGCUCCGCUCCUUCAAGACAGGGCUCGGAGGCUGGCUGCCCAGGCGCUCCGGGAGGGGGCUGCUGGUGGUGAACAGGGUAUCGAGGUCGAGGCCCUGUUUCAGCGAUACACUCUGGACUGUAUCUCCGCUGUGUCAUUUGGACUCGAGACUGGCGCCAUAGAGCAGCCCGACAGCGAGCUGGUGACCCGGGCGCGUGACCUGGUGUGGCGGCCGGCACCCUGGACGGUGCUGCUGCGGACGGCGGCCAGUCGGCUGGGCCUCGCUCGGUGGCUGCCCUCUGCGACAUCGCGAGCGGACGAAGCGAUCGCCUUCUUCGCGCAGCUGACGCUGGAUACAGCGGCGCGGCGACGCGCAGCGGGAGCCGUGCGGUGCGAGGACGCGCUGCAGCUGCUGAUGGAGCAUCUCUCGCGCGCCGGCGAGCCGCUCUCGGACCGCCAGCUGGCCGCCCAGGGCGCCAUGCUGUUCCUCGGCGGCUACGGCAACACGGCAGCCGCGCUGGCCUGGAGCGCGCGCUGUCUGGCCCACCAUCCGGCCGUCCAGGAGCGCCUCCGCCGCGAGCUGCAGCAGCACCGAAACGAAGGCGCAUCUGACGCGCUCGAGCUGGUGUCCCAGCUGUCGUAUCUGGACCAGGUGGUUCAGCUUGAGAGGAGGACGGACACGUCGCCCUGA